AUGUCUUUAAUAAUUCGGAAUAUUUCAAGUUUAAGAGAAGAAUGGAAAUAAUUAGUGAAAAAGAAGGUAAAGAAAAACAAAAGGAAGAAUUAAUAUACAUUGCCGUAUUCUUUUGAUAAUUCUAAAAACAAUAACAAUAAUAAAACUGAUUUGCUUCUAAUAGUUAAGAAGAUUCCAAAUACGAUACCAAAUAACAAUGUUUUUAGACUAAAAACAAACAUCCAGUUUUCAAUGAACAUUAAUAACGAUCAUUCAAUGGGAUCUUUGUCAAUUGAUCCACAUUCAAACAACUAUAAAGUAGUGAGAACUGAUAGAAGGAAAAACCUUACUAUUUUAACAUUAGAUCAGAUAAAUAGACCAAUAACUCCUUCAGAUGAUUUAUACUAAAUAUUUAAAACAAGAAAUGAAUAACUAGCGGAUGCAUUUCUGAUGUUUGAUUAAAGGAAUCUUGAUUCUUCAAAAUUUAAAUUAAAUUAAAUCUAAGAAAUGAUUGAGUUUGAGUCACAUAUCAAAGGUUCUCCGUAUGCAUGUUACGUAUAAAUAUUUGAGAAUGGAAUGUGGAGAACGUUUUAAAAGAUAUUUAAUGAGAAAAUGUUAUAAUUACUAGCAAUUUCAGAAGAAAUGCUUAUUAAUUACUGUAAUGAAACGCAACUGAUUCCAAUAAGUGCCUUUUUUGAUGCAUCUGACGAGCAGCUUCAUGUUUUUUGUAAAAUCUUCUGUGGAAUUGUAGGAUAAGUAGAAUCUAAAAGAGAUUACAUAAAUUAUAAUGGGUAAAGAUUUUCGGCUGCUUUAAAAGUAAAGAGUUUUUUUAUUAUGGAUGAAGAUAAGGGUUAAUUAUUUGAAUAUACAUAUUUCAUAACUGAGUGUGAUUAGAAGUGGAUGUCUGAGGAGAGAGUCAGAUUAAAUGAAUUGGAUUAUUUCAAUAUAAAGCCUAAUAAUUCUUCAACUGAGGAAUCAUCCUUUAUAGAACAAUAGAAAAGAUGUGGAUUCAAGUAACUCCAUUGA